GACGCAACUGCUCUGACAAAAAGUCGCAUCACGUCAUAUUGUAAAGUCUCAAGGAUUUCGUAUUCCAAACGGACUCUGCUUGGACAAGCGAAUCUUGUCAGUCUCACACAGCUUCGCCUUGAGUUCGGACGCUUGUAGAUUGGAUCGCUACCAGGGUCCCUUGGACACGCAAAUUUCCACCAUUUUUUUUCGUCGCACUUGGCAACAACUGCAGCCAUGCGUUUGAGUCUGGUGUGUCUGCUCACCGUCCUGCUAGUGGGGCUAGCACUGGCUGCUCCCUCCCGCGGACGCAGCAGGCCCGCCGGCCGUAGACCCGUCGACCGGCCCGGUGCCGGCGAAGGAGGAGAUGAGCCCGGCGAAGGAGACGCAGGCAGAAGGCCCGGUGGCAGGCCUGGCGGUAGACCCGGCGGACGCCCCGGUGGACGCCCCGGUGGACGCCCCGGUGGACGCCCUAGACCCGACGACGAGGAUGAAGACUGCGAAGACGAUGACGGAGGCAUGGGACCUUCCCCCUCCCCCGACCCCCUCCGCAGCCCAUCUCCCACGGGUGAGACACCACGUCGCAAGCCCUGCAGGCGCCCCGGUCGUAGGCCUGGGAGACGCCCCAGACCCGGUGAUCGCUCAGACGAGUCAACCACACCGGCUAAUGAAGGCGUUAUACCCUAAGGAGGCGUGGAACCCGUUCAAAUGGAAGCUGUUGAUGGUGGAGCUAUACCCCAUCAAAUAUUGGCGCCGUAAAACCACAUUCGUAGUGACUAUCUAGGUAGAUUCCUUCUUAAACAUUAUACCAAUAUCUCGAAACGUUUUAAUACCUUUCGCUUUUGACGACGAACACGACUAUGGAAAUAAUUGAAACCAAUAUAGCUUUAAUUGAGUAUAAUGAAAUUCAGGAGAAUCAAAAUUACAACAUUUUGACAAUUAAAUGAUUUGUUGGCUGAGCCAUGAUGUUGAAUUUAGCCACCUCGAGGUAUUUUUGUUAUGAGGCAGCCUUGCCAUCUGGCGUUCUGGCGGCCUAUAUGAGACAUCACUGUUGGAUCAGGAGAGCCAUUUGAUUAUGCAUCAGGACCCUAUGAGCCAUUUAGUUUUGAAAAAGAGGCUGACAUGCUUUGGCAAACAUACACAGAAGCGAUGCUAAAAGCAUGUGCCUUUCCAGGGCAGCUAGCCUCGUUUUGGUUUCAAUAUGGUCUCCUGUACAAGUAGGCGAGGACGUAACACACCAUUGUUGUUGGUGAAAAUUACCGAUGGGUUUCGAUCAGACAAAUUUUCUGGAAUUCCAACGCUUCAUACUAUAAAUCUUGACUUUCUGUUCAACUUCGUACUUCGUUUCCAUUUCAGUGUUGAACUGGUUUACUUCCUUCAUUUAGAGUAGAAAUUAUUCAUGGUGUCAUUCUCUGCUGGAAAAUCAAAAACAGGCAUGUCUGGAUAAAAGUCAAAGUUCAUGUAACGUCUCGGGGCUCAAUUCACAGGAAAUAAAUUCUACGGUACAACGAAACACCAA